AUGAAAUUGCAUAAUAUAUUUGUUGACGAAGAACAUGAGGAGAAGCGCGCGUUGAGAAAGCUUGAUUGGAACUUGAUACCAUUGCUUGGCAUAUUGUAUCUCGUUUCAUACAUUGACCGAGGCAACAUUGGGAAUGCCUAUAUAGCAGGUAUGGGCGAGAAAUGGGGUAUCACCUCAAAUGAUUACAGCUGGGUGAUUACUACCUUGUACAUUGGACAUAUCAGUUUUCACUGGCUGAUUCUGCUAUGGACCGUUGUACCACUUCCACUUUGGACUGCGUCUAUGGCCAUCGGUUGGGGCUCAAUGAGCAUGCUGCAAGCUGCACACCGCAACUUUGCUGGCCUCCUCACUCUGCGCUUUCUAAUCGGUGCAUUUGAAGCUGGCUUUGUGCCUGCUGUGGCCUUAUAUAUGACAUUUUUCUAUCACCGGGGAGAGAUGGCAUUACGGUAUGGUCUCUUUAUAUCUUUCUCACCUCUUGCGAGCUGCUUUUCGUCUGCGAUGGCAUAUGGCAUUGUACAUGCCAAAACUCAUGUUGAGAAUUGGCAACUACUAUUUAUUAUUGAGGGUGGCCCUUCUAUUAUUCUCGCAGUAAUCCCUUACUUCUUCCUUCCUGCCUCCCCUUCCCAAUGCAGAUUUCUCACGGAUCAAGAGAACAAAAUCAUCAGCCAGCGAGCAAUCAGAGGCCGCGGUAUAAGGAGACAAAAUACCAUCAACUUCAAGCAGGUAUUUGCUGCUUUUUAUGACUAUAAGAAUUACGCUCAGGCUACCAUUAGCUUCUGUCUCAACACGGCUUUUGGAUCUCUGCCUGCUUAUCUACCUACAAUACUAACCUCCAUGGGCUACACUUCCCUGAAUGCCCAAGGCCUCUCCGCUUGCCCCUACAUAGCUGCAUAUGUCGUUUGCGUCUCUGCCAGCUUCUUAUCAGACAAAGUGAGGGCUAGAGGAAUAUUCAUUAUCUUCUUUUGCUGUAUGGGGGCUUUGGGCUACAUUCUCUUAGCCACUGUUCAUGCCACAGGAGUGAGAUUCUUUGCUACAUUCCUCGUAUGUGCGGGAGUCUUUCCGGCUGUCGCCCUCACAUUCACCUGGGUCACAGACAACCAAGGCUCAGCCUCUAAGAGAGGAGCUGGUCUGGCUAUUUUCGGCAUGAUCGGGCAAUGCGGCCCGAUUCUGGGAUCUAGACUGUUCCCGAAGACAGAUGAGCCGUGGUAUUCAAAGGGCAUGUGGAUUUGUGCUGGUAUGCUCCUUGGAGCAGCGGUGGUUGCAAUGACUCUCAGUUUUAGUUUGCGGUGGCAGAACAAACAGCGCGACAAGAAGUAUGGGAAAGGAGAUCCAAACACUAUGCCAAUCGAGGUAGAGGAUGCCGGCGAUGAUCACCCAAUGUAUCGCUACAUUCUUUAAGCUAUCUGCUAUGUCAAACUUGGUAAAGCAUGACAUAUGGAAGCCAGGGAGAAAAUAGAAGUUAGUAUAG